AUGGUUACAGGUUGUGGAACAGCGAAGAAAAUAGAAUUAUACAUAGUAGAAAUGUAUUUGAUGAGGAGAGCUUUUAAGACGCUUAGUGUAGCUGAUGAUGAAAUUGAAGAUGAUAAAAAUGAUUUUGAGGUUCACCAGCAGGUUAAAAAUAAUGAAGAAGAUAAAGCAAAGCGAGAAAUGGAAGAACAGAUUGAGAAGAUGAAGAGGAAAUAA